AUGUUCUCCCAAUGGCGCCAGGCCGUGGAGAACUUGGCUCAGCAUCCUCCUAGACAAGAUUCGGCGGAUGAACGCCAAUCCAGGUCGUCUCUCGACACUGGCCUACGCGCAUCCCUCUCGUCCGCCCAGCUUGCUGAGUCUGCCCUUAGCAACAUCAAGAAAACACUAGCAGCCCAACGCUCAGGGAGUCCUAGUCCCAGUCUCAGCCACGCAUCCCAUUCACCGGGUGCGGACAUCGGCCCCAAGCGGCCUGCAUCCCAGUCUACGACGCGGACGACCCUAGAGGACCGGCUUCGCGCAAAGUUUGCUAUUAGCGACAACUCAAGCUCCCCAACUCCUGUCAGCUCUUCUGGAUCGUCCCCAAGUCUGCGUGUUGUCAUAGACCAUCCACUCUCUCCGACCUCUGCACCACUACCCGAGUCGCCUGCACCUCAGCGGGUUGGUAGCGCAGACCCAUUCGAUGCGCUCUCGAAAGUCCGCCAUUUCUCGCCUACUGCUUCGGUUGAUGAUACGACUUCAAACGUUUCCGCUUCACUGCCCGCGGCUCGGGGCCCUACUUUCCAGACCCCGCCGUCUCCUGCGUUAAUACCAUUGCCUGACUCUCCUGCACUGGCACCCACGGCUGAGUCCCCUGUUCCUCUAGAUUCGCUUGAGUCGCAGUGCAACAGUGGGGGCGAUUCUGCUAUCUCUGUGGACCAAGGUGGGACGGACGUAGUAGUUCUUGACGAAAUAACUGGUGAUGCAACCAAAUCUGUAAUCAAUUACGCCUCGUUGCAGGAUCAUGUUGUCGGAGUUGUAGAUGACACGCAUGGCGCUACAGUCUUCCAGCAAGAUCAGCAUGUCAAAGAUUCCGGGUAUGCUCCUACUACGAUUGCCCUGCCCAGCUCAGUGGAAGAGCACGACGGCCCAGGUGAUCUUUCGCCAGGCCGGUCCACUAUCGAGGCAGAUGCCAAGGAAUACGUUCCGGAUGCACCACUGGACACUAUAACUACAGCGCAGGGGGCCAAACAUAUUCGUGACGCUCAACCGAUACCAAGUAACCAGACGUCGCCGCAUGACUGGACGGGGAGGACAAUCCCUGAGGAUGUAGCCUCCAAAAGCAGCGAGCCAAAUGUCGAAGAGCUGCAGCGGCGGCUCAAGCUAGUAGAGCAACGAUUCGCAGUACCAAGCGGUGAUGAUACAGACGUGUCGACAUCUUUCAAGAGACUCCAGGCGGAGAAGAUUGCUGCUGACAAAGUUGUGAAGGAGCUGACGCCGCUAGAAACGUUGAAGGAUGUGGACGCCCUACGUGACUAUUUACAGAACGUCAAUAUCAAGACAGAGAUGGCACAGGACGAGAUAAGACGUUUGUCCGGCAAACUCACUCGGCAAGAAGAACGCAUCGACGAAUUACGAGAGAUUCACAGACUAGAAUCUAAAUCGCAAUCCGAUCAGAUUGAGAAGCUCAAGGGCCAGGUCUCGGAGUCGGAAGCGCUUCUUAAGGCUUCACAGAGCUCAAAUGUCCAAGUCGAAGAAGAGGUACUGAAGUGGAAAGCCGAAACCGAACGUUUGCAGUCUGAGAUGGAGCGUCUCAAGGGUCUGUCGAAAGAGGAGGAAGAGAAGCGAGUUAAAGCUGUUGCACUCCUCAAAACUGUGCGACAGAAGCUAGUCAAAGCUGAGAAAGAGAGGGAUGACGCGAUUAAAGACACCCAGCAGAUAAAAGAGAAGGACAAAGAGGAGCUGGAGAAAGAUAAGGCGGAGAAGCUGGAACUCCGGCAGGAGAUAGAGAGAGCGAACACAGAGCACGAGACGGCUCUGGUCGGACUCAAGCUACACUUCGAGAAGGAGUCUGUAAUGCUGAAAGAUCGGCAGGAGAAGGAGCUCUUGGCGGUGAGGGGGCAGUAUGAACUGGAGGCGCUCGCAGUCAAGAGUUCUUACACUCGAGAGCUGGAAGUCAAAGACUCUCGCAUCAGGGAACUGCAGAAUUCGGUCCGCGUCCUUAACGAGGAAAAAGACGAGUUCUUUGACCAAUUGCAGCUACGACAGGCGGAACUCGAAUCUUCAAGGUCUCGUUUAGAAGUUCUGGAAGGCCAGACGACAGAAUUUCAGUAUCAACUCCGGGAAGCUAAUGAUCGUAUAGCCCUAUUAUCUGAAGAGCUUGCGGAUGCCCGUCGCGAACAAGACAUUAGGCCUCAGAAUGCCGGCCCUUCGGCGGAAGAGGUGACUCGUCUACUCUCAGCUGCUGAGGCCAAAUACGAGACUCGCAUGGCUGACAUGCGCCGGCGCCUGAGCGCUGUGGAGAAAGAGCGGGACGAGGGUGAAGCUCAGUGGAGUCGUAAGCUAUCCGAGAAGGUGAAGGAACUAGAAUCGCUGAGAGGAAGUCUGCAUUCGUCAACAAGAAGUCGCGAGGAAGAGUCGGAGAGUGCAAACGCGCUCAGGAAGGAAAUCCAGGGGCUGAAAGGAGAGAUUCUAGCGUAUCAACAGCGAGUCUCUGAUCUACAAGUACAAGCUGACACAGUAGCGGAAGCGGAGAAUGCGACUAAAUCAGAGAUAGCUGAGAACAACGCGCGAAUGCUGGCCUUGCAGCAGACCAUUGAAGAGAGCAAAAACAGAGAGGCUCAAGUUCGCGCGCAUAACAAGACGCUGCGGGAAGAGCUCCGAAAGGUGCAGUCAUCCGCUGCAUUACUUGAACGGCAGCGAAACCCAGGCGUCGGUUAUUGGGCCUCCCGUCAAGAGAACACCGCAGAUGCUCGCUCACCGAGAUCAUCCAUUUCUGAAUCGUCACCACAAGACCAUCCUUCUAGACCCGGCUCUCCGGCUACGCCAAAGUCGGAUGAAGAUCUCAAUGUUGAAUACUUGAGGAAUGUCAUCUUACAGUUCUUAGAGCACAAGGAGAUGCGGUACGAGAUUUCCAACUGGAAUAUCUUAGAUUCCGUCCUUGUCCUGUUUCGUAACUACCCUGGCGAUCCGGGAUUGCAAGGUUAUCUGAAGCGCGCCGUUGAAGACCAGCUAUUGACUCUGUCGCGACUGGUAUCCACAUUCUUGUCCGCAGCUCGAUCGCCAGAAUUGCAUAACCCUGCAACGCUUGACAUGCUCUGCAGAAUCGCUCUUGACUCGUAUUAUGCAUCUGGGUUGCCAGCCAUGGGUUCCAUCGUGCCGUACACCCAGUCAAACAUGGAACUCUUAGGGACCGUCCAGGACUCCAUGGCUUUGCUUAGGACAGCACACACACUUCCACUGUCACAAUUCAAUCAACUAUUUGCCUCGGCCUCAGAAUUGCUUUCUUUGCUCUUGUCCUGCGUCGCUGAUAUUUCUCAAAUUUCAACGACACAGGCAAUGAUGUAUUUUGCAGAGGCUAGUGACGUACUUCAGGUGUUGCGAUUGCCACUAGGCGUAAGGCAGCAGCUCGAAAAUUUCGCGCUCUCCUUGAGCCUUCUGUUGGGAGACGACGCGAAGGCCAUGCGCGAAGCGCAAAUGAUGCACACGCUUCAGUUGGCCUGGUUUUGCACAGCUUCGGCUGGUGAAUUUGGCGCGGGGGCGAGCGAUCAUGCAGUUGCAGUGCUUGUGGGAUUAUUUCGCUGGACUUCCUGGACUCCCGUUGUGUUUUACACGCAGCUACUCCACUCUGCACUCACCUGCAUCGCUCAAACCUUAGCUAGCCUGGCGUCAUCCAGAACUUCGUUGAUAUGGAGGGCUCUCAUUGUCGGUCGGCUUCCUCAUCUCUUUAGCAGAUUUCAGAAGGAAGCAGAGACGGAGAGCGGUACAGAUGCAGACUGGCGUACAGCAUUGCAGGCAGCCCUGUCUUCCGUGCUACGCCGAUCAGACAUCCUGAGCAAGUACGAGACUAGCUCCAAUAGCCAUGAAACUGAUCUCGGUAAACCGAGAACGUCUUCCAAUCUUGCCAUAGAGCUUCUUCACGAAUUUGUCACGGUUGGAUUGGUCGAUGCUUCAUUUGCAACGACACUUUGUCCUACCUUACAAAAUGACUUCCACUCUCCUCUUACAGUCGAGGCGCAAGAUGCCGGUUCGGAUGUAAGAUCCUAUCUGGAAUCGAAAUUUGCCUUCGAUGCCAAUUUAGAUGAUAUAGUUAGCGCAGUAGAUAGAAUUUGCCGAGACCCAUGCAGCCAUUCUGUGUUCGCUGAUAUUGUGCUCAAGCGAUGCACUCCAUCCCCUCGCCCGCUUGAACUUGAUUCUCUGAGCCAGAUGUCUAGAGUUUUGACUCGGUGUGAACCUGCAUUAGACAUCAUUGCGCUCCAUGUCAACAUUCCCAAUUUGAUAACUCAUGUCCUAGCCUUUGUUGAAGAUUAUGAUUGUGAGACUGUCGGUGAUCCCCAGACCGCCGUCAGUCACUUGGGUGAUGUUGUCCUUUUUGUCCAGGAAGCUGUCGCUCGUUUUAACUUUUCCUAUCCGACUGUAACUCUGGGGGAUCGGAAAUUGGAUCUAGCCGUCAUUCGCCCCACUGCCGUCGUCUACCCAGUCUCUCAGCUGGGGCACGAUUCAAACGUAUUUUAUUUGUGGUUCAAGGCCCUCUUCGAUACAAACAGCGAAGGCAUAGAGGAUACGAUUCUCAGGACCACUCGUCCUCAGGCUCUUCUUCGUAUAGCUGCGACUUUAUUUUCGCAUGCUAUCGCCAUGACCACUGAACGAAAAAUGGACAAGGAAAUCUUGCAGAAUGGCAUCUUGUAUUUUCUUGGCCCGCUUCUCAAUUGGACCCUCUCUGGGGUAGUAAAUUUUCUAAUCAUGGAAAUUCAGCAUAGGGGAUUCAAUGCACCUGUUCACAUAGAUGUAUUGCAGACUCUAUUGUCUUCAUCAUCUUGCCCUCCCACGGUCCUUCGCCUCUCUGCUUCAAAAAUCCUCAGGUUGUUCCCUAACUCACCCAAGAAUGAAUCGGGCCGCAUGAACUCCCUGGACUUUACGGCCAUACGACAUGUUGCCAUGAAGGGUUUAGGCGUCCCUGUUGAAGGUAAAUCGGACCCUCCACUCUCCCUCCACGCUCAGCCUCCUGGUUGGUCCGAUCUGUCGCUACGGUCUGUUAGAGACGCACUUACGGCCGCAAGGAGUGGGAAAGCACCCGCACUCGACAUCGAUCGUUGUCUGCUGCUCACCCCACCAGCGAAGUUUCUGCACAUGCUAUGGAAGGAGCUCAUGGUGAUGGCGUCUCUUGGGGAAAUCGAUAUAUCCAGGCGGAUCGCUACGUUCGUCUUGACCAUGCCUCGCCGCUCUCAUUCACCUCCGCUCUUGCCCAUAUUUCUCCACGUCCUCCUUCCGGGACUCGUUGCCGCAGCUGACAGCUUACCCUCCUCUGACCCGACCGUCACUGUGGAAUUGCUCGUGACAGUCGUAUCAUCUUCUUUAACUGCAGCUCUCCACCUGGAAUAUGCUUUGCUCAAGACCGACAAAGAACAUUCCCCAGUGCUAGGACAAACAACGGCAGCGAUGGCACGUCGGUUAGGAAGCGAUCUGAGACGUAAGGGACACGGUCGAACAGCUGCAUUGAUUGUUCAACGACUAUGUUCUAUAUCAACCUUCAUGACGAAUUUUCCUACAUUCAUGGCUGAUGUCUAA